AUGAACCUCAAGAUUUUCUUCUACAUUGUACUAUGCAACGCUGCAAUCGAUUUAAGCAAAAUCCCGGCUGAUUACCGUCAAAUUAGACCAAAGUUUGAAAAAGACGUCAACCCCGACCAACGUCCACCAAACCAACGCCAGAGAACCUUAGCCUUAGAACUUAUGCCAGACCUAGCACAUUGUAAUUACAAAGAUACUAGUAUCUACAUAGACUAUGGAUUGGAGUGGAAAAAGACAAUGUUCUACAUUGACUAUCGGGUACUAGCAACGUUUAAGAAAGAUUCCAAGAAGGUGGAUGGAACUCCAAUUUAUUACAAGAUAUCCGGAAAGACGUGUGACUCUUUGGAAGUAAGCUAUUUAACGUCAAGUAACAGCUGCGACACUGUGGCAAUAGAGAAACGAGACGUCAAACAAAAAGUCAACGAAUCCGUUACUGAAAAGACCUGGAUUUGGAAAAUCAUUGGAAAUAAACCAUGUCAUUUGAACGAUCCUGAAAAUUACUCGAAACAUGGUUGGGCCACAUGAGUUAUA